CUAUCCAGCGUUCCAGCCCCCCUCCAGCCUCUAUAAAUAAAACCCGUCUCCUCUCGACUCCUUCAUCACCUCACCCUACCCCGUCCCGUCCGGAUUGAGGAUCUGACGUGACGCGCGCGAGCACGAAGCCUCGGCCCCAACCCGACUAAAACCUAGCCGGGCUUCCCUUUCGCUAGGUUUGCGCCACCGCCGAUCCGGCCGACCUCUCCCCGCCCGCCGGCGGCGAUGUACAACAGCAUCGGGCUGCAGACCGCGCGGGGGUCGGGCACCAACGGGUACGUCCAGACCAACAAGUUCUUCAUCAAGCCCCGUUCCACAUCCGGCGGGGGGCCGGGCGGGCCCCACAGACCGCCGCUCCCCGACGCCGCCGGCGCGGAUGGCGGCGGGAUGCGCAAGCCCAACAAGGAGAUCCUCGAGCACGACCGCAAGCGCCAGGUCGAGCUCAAGCUGCUCGUGCUCAGGGACGCGCUCGAGGAGCAGGGCUACACCGAGGACGAGAUCGAGGAGCGCGUCGAGGAGGCGCGCAAGGUCGCGGAGGCAGAGACGGCAGCGGAGGAGGCAGGGAGCGUUUGCGGCGCCGGGCGACCGCCUCUACCCGGCAGAUGGUUUACAGACACACAGAGCCACCAUGUUGCAGCACGGAAGGAGAAGCAGCUUGAGACUCUAAGGGCUGCUUUAGGGCUGAACGCUGAUGAUGCAAAUAAAGGGAAUGCAGAAAGUGAUGGGGAGCUUAUUCCUGUUAAGUAUUACGAGGAACUAGAUACUAUUGGGCAAAAGGAUAGCAAGGAUUCAAAGGAUGUCAAAAAGAGCCAGAAGAAAAAAGAGAAUGACAAAAGGAGCCAACCCAGAAGUUCGAGAAAGAGCAAGUAUGACUCAGGUCACGAUCAUAUAACACAAAAACGAAGAAGAGUUCCCACCCACCAUGAUUCCGAAGAUGGUUUAGAGACUGAUUAUAAUGGGAAGGAAAAGAAACACGACAAGAAACGUCAUCUUGGUUCAGUUGAUAAUUCUGAAAAUGAUUGGAAGAAGGCAGAGCGUGGAAAGAACUCUUAUCACGAUAUAGAUUACAACAGUAGCCUCGACAGUUAGGGUUAUGUGUGGCUUUGCUAUGUAAUGGGGUGUCUUCUGUGUAAUGGGUUUAGACUCCACAAUUCUAUUAUAUAAAUAUAUCUCGAAACCUUGGUUAUGGUUCUAGCAA